UCCGCUCUCUUCUCUCCUUCCUAUCUCCAUUUUUUUCCUCCCAGUGAUUUUGCAUUUUAGCCCCUCAGGAAGCUGCGAUUUCGUGUCCGGUCCGUCGGCCCGAUUCCGCGCGUGCUUCGCUUCGAUCGAGCGCGCCGCCCGUUGUAAGAUCCCUGGCAGGCCUCUCGUUUAGCGGGUGCGAUUCUGCGCUCGAUUUCGUUUCUUCCCGCACAAAUCUCGUGUUUUUUGGCCCAGAUUUGGCUUGUGGGCGACCGUCUAGGUGUUUCUCGUGGGUUUCGGCUUUGUUUUGGCCGAUUUGCUGGCGGAUUUGGUGGCUUGGGGCUGUGGAAACCUUGUGCUCAAGUUGUAGCAUUAGAAAAACUCAGAUUGGGGAUUUCCUGCCGGAGGAAGCUUUUCAAGGUAGCUGCCUUUGGGAGGAACUCUUCCAGUUCCGAUGGUUUCAGUGUACGCGCCGGGUGGGUGAUUAGAUUGAGGAGUAGCCUGGCAGUCUCGUUUUUCGCGUGAGGUUUGGUUAGAUUUCGUGUAGUGGUGAGCAAAGCUUGGGUGUCAAGUCUGGUGGUGGAAGCCCUCAGGCUGGAGAUUUCCUCCCUGAAGACGCCGACUGGAGCCGACUUUGGAAGGAAUUUCCUGUCAUCCCCGAGGUUUCCACUUCCUCCUUGGCAAAGUUGGGGAUUUCUUCCCUCCCAGGAAGCCAAGUCAGGGUUGUUUUUGUGGGGAGCUCUUCCAAUUCACCGGUUUUGCGCAUAGCGCUGACUAUAUAAGGGGUAUUUGCACCCUAGGGAUAUACAAUUGUGUGAGACUGGGAACUUUGGAACCACUUCGGAUAAGGUUUUCUUGGAAUGGGGAAUCAAUGCCAAAAUGGGACUCUUGGGAGUGAUUACUACAAUCGCCCCGUUUCUAGGUUUGCUGAUGGAUACCUUGAGGAGGAUAGCCACUCUGACUUGAAGAAGUUUGAGAAGCCAUGGCCUGAGGUGAACUCAUUUAAGCCCACUGCUAUUGGUAUUUUAAAGCGGGGCUUGGAUCCGAUGUCCAUCUCUGUCCUUGAUCGGAAUACGGCAGGCCUAAGGGAGCAUUUCAUCAUUGGUCAGAAGCUUGGUCAGGGGCAGUUUGGCACAACAUACCGCUGUACCGAGAUCAGUACAGGGUGUGAGUAUGCAUGCAAGACCAUCCCAAAGCGCAAGCUCAUCACCAGGGAGGAUGUUGAGGAUGUGCGUCGUGAGAUCCAGAUAAUGCACCAUUUGUCAGGACACAAGAAUGUUGUUGCAAUCAAGGAUGUCUACGAGGAUGGGCAGGCAGUUCAUAUUGUGAUGGAGCUCUGUGCUGGUGGGGAGCUCUUUGACCGAAUUCAGGAAAAGAAGCAUUACAGCGAGCAGAAGGCUGCGAAACUUAUAAGAAUUAUUGUUAGCAUUGUAGCUAUGUGCCAUUCACUUGGGGUGAUGCACCGUGAUCUGAAGCCAGAAAAUUUCCUCCUUUUGGAUAAAGAUGAUGAUCUGUCAAUAAAGGCAAUUGAUUUUGGUCUAUCUGUGUUCUUCAAACCAGGUCAGGUUUUCACUGAGUUGGUUGGAAGUCCAUAUUAUGUUGCUCCUGAGGUACUGCACAAACGUUAUGGACCAGAAUCCGAUGUGUGGUCAGCUGGAGUGAUACUAUAUGUAUUGCUGAGUGGUGUGCCACCUUUUUGGGCAGAGACACAGCAAGGCAUAUUUGAUGCUGUCCUGAAGGGGAACAUUGAUUUUGAAUCGGACCCAUGGCCUAAGAUAUCUGAAAGUGCAAAGAAUCUCAUAAGAAAGAUGCUCUGCCCUUGUCCUUCUGAGCGUUUGAAAGCCCAUGAAGUACUACGGCAUCCUUGGAUCUGUGAAAAUGGAGUGGCCACUGAUCAAGCCCUUGAUCCCAGUGUUCUCUCUCGGCUCAAACAGUUCUCUGCAAUGAACAUGUUAAAGAAGUUGGCUCUGAGAGUGAUAGCCGAACGUCUUUCUGAGGAGGAGAUUGCUGGGUUAAGAGAAAUGUUCAAGGCGGUGGAUGUUAAAAAUAGAGGCGUGAUUACUUUUGGUGAGCUUAGAGAAGGUUUAAGAAGAUAUGGUACUGAAUUGGAGGAUAGAAAAAUUAGUGGCAUAAUGGAAGUGGCUGAUAAAGACAAUAAUGUGACCAUCAAUUAUGAAGAAUUUAUUGCAGCAACUAUGCCUCUUAACAAAAUAGAACGUGAAGAGCACUUGAUGGCAGCUUUUACAUACUUUGACAAAGAUGGAAGUGGUUAUAUCACAGUUGAUGAGCUUCAACGAGCUUGUGGAGAACAUAACAUGGAGGACACUUUCCUUGAAGAGAUUAUUUUAGAGGUUGACCAAAACAAUGAUGGUCAAAUUGACUUCGCGGAAUUCGUAGCCAUGAUGCAAGGCAACCAAGAUGGACUUGGGUGGCAAACAAUGGAAACGAGUUUGAAUGUAACCUUGAGAGAUGCACCUCAAGUACAUUGAUGCACACUUCAUGCACAGAUUUUGUACUCUUCUCCUGUUCAUUAUUUCUGGGCGACCCGAAUUUGGGUUGCGACAUGUACGAGAAGAGAGCAAAUCAAUUCAUUUAGUAGUGUUUAUUCCAAAUAAGUGUGGGCUGGUUAGUAGUGUAGUUGUCACGAGAGAUAAGUAGUGUCAGUAUGGGUUAUAUAAUAGUAGUGGUAUAUUGGUUCAUGUAGUUGCAAAGCUGGCAAGCCAUUCAAAAUACCAAAAAGAGGUGCAUUCGGUUU